AUGAGGAUUCAGUGUGAGGCGUCCGACGCGCCCGACGCCCUCUGGGUAUAUUGCCCUUCAUUCGCCGCAGCCAUCUUAUUCUCCAUCUUGUUUGGCUCAACCACACUCGCACAUACCGUACAAGCAGUCAUAUACCGUAAACGUUUCGCGUUCGUGUUGAUCAUGGGCGGCAUGUGGGAGUGUGGAGGCUACAUCACUCGCACGCUCUCCGUAAUUGAUCAGAAAAAUACGGCCAUAUACACCGUGCAACAGCUACUCAUCCUCCUUGCGCCUCUUUGGAUUAAUGCAUACAUUUACAUGCUGCUGGGCCGCAUGAUCCACUUCUUCCUGGUAGACGACCGCGUCUUCGGUCUCCGCGCACGCAAAAUCACAAAGUGCUUUGUGUGGUUCGAUGUCAUCGCAUUCCUCGUUCAAGCCACUGGUGGCAUGAUGGCGACACCUGAUGCCUCGGCGAAGACACAGAAGCUUGGCCUGGACAUCUACACCGCUGGUGUUGGCCUGCAGCUGUUUUUCCUGUCCAUUUUUACCUCUCUGGCGGUGGGUUUUCAGCGAAGACUUAAGCAGCAGUCUCAAUCUCCCGUGGCCAACGACUCUGGCUCCGACUACGACCCGGAAUCUUAUCUUCAACCACGGUCCGGACCUCACACACCCAGUCCCGCGCUGGCCAGGCGUCUGUUGAUCCUACUGUACAUCGUCAUGGUGCUGGUCAUCAUCCGAAACAUUUAUCGCCUCGUUGAAUUCGCGACCGGUGUCGAUUCUCCUAUAGUCAAGCACGAAUGGUUUAGUUACGUGUGGGACGCAGCCCCAAUGUUCAUCGCUAUGAUCGUGUUGAACAUUGAAUACCCUGGCAAGGUCUUGCAGGGUCCCAGAGCCGAUUUCAGGCAGGAAGACAGGGACAUCAAGAUGGCCAAGAAAGAAAAGAAGGCCGAGAAGAAGAGGCAGAAGCAGGAGCGAAAACACGGACAUCAUGCGAAAUAUACCGGUUUGGAGGACCAAGCUUGA